ACAGCUGAGCUCAGAAGUAGCGACGCAGGCGACAGAAACGGACACACGCUGUUUUUCUCGAUGACAGACCUAACGUAGACAUACAAUUCUUUCUCUUUAAAACAGCAACACAGUCAUUCUUACUCUCAGGACACCUGGAGAAGAAGGAUGACCGACGGAGAAAUGUUAAUCGCACCGUCGGGUUACCAGGAUCUGGGAGAUGGAGCGAAACCCGCAGACAACAGCAGCAGCGUGGAUUGUACGGACGGCGAGGAUGAAUUGUCUUUGGAGGAGAUUUUAACACUGUACAGUCAACCGAUCAAUGAGGAGCAAGCGUGGGCCGUGUGUUAUCAAUGCUGCAGGUGGUUAACCCAAAAACAGAGACGGAAAGAGAAAGGUGUGAGUCCACCUGGACGGAUCGGGGGUCCUGAAGAUGUGAGGAUCCGAAAGGACGGAACUGUUAAACUGUAUCAACAGAGCGGUCCAGAUACACACAUACCGCCCAGUACAUCAAUAGAGAUUAUCGAGUCUCUGGGUAUAAUGAUCUAUAAGGCUCUGGAUUACGGCCUGAAGGAACAUGAGGAACGAGAACUCAGUCCUCCUCUGGAGCAGCUCAUCGAUCUCAUGACCAACAUGGUGGACACAGAGACAGACCCCUGCCCGGAUGAAGGCUACGAGGCGACAGAGGAAGAGGAUGAAGGCGAGGAAGAGCCUACAGAUGUCUCCAACCUCCGCGGCUACCGUGACAUAUUAUCUCUCUGCACGUCUCACCUUCCCAGCCAAUCAGAUGCUGCUGACCACUACCAGGCCGUAUGUCGAGCCCUUUAUGCUGAGACCAAGGAGCUACGCACCUUUCUGGAAAAGAUCAAGAGUGCCAAAGAGAAUUUGCGGAAGAUGGAAGGAGAAACCCCAGAUGAGCCGGGCAGAGACCUGAACGAGCUGCAGAACGCAGACUGGGCACAGUUCUGGGUUCAGGUGAUGAGGGACCUGAGGCAUGGCGUUAAGUUGAAGAAAGUGCAGGAACGUCUGUAUAACCCUCUGCCCAUCGAGUACCAGCUGACACCUUAUGAGAUGCUCAUGGACGAUAUCCGUUCCAAGCGGUACAAACUUCGCAAGGUCAUGGUGAAUGGUGAUAUUCCUCCAAGGUUAAAGAAGAGCGCUCAUGAGAUCAUACUGCAGUUCAUUCGCUCCAGACCUCCUCUCAAUCCUGUUUCGGCUCGUAAACUAAAGCCUCAUCCUCCACAACCUCGAAGUCUUCAUGAACGCAUCAUGGAGGAGAUCCGAACAGAGAGAGAACUCCGGCCCGUCUCGCCUGAUAUGAUCCGCAGGAGUCGACUGGUAAUACGUCCACUAAGCAUGUCUGUCAGUUUUGACUCGUCAGGCGCAGGGAAAAGCAUGAGCACCCCGCAGGACUUGUUCAGAAGCUCAGACGUCCCCGAUGGACCCCGCAAGUUGGCUGUCAGCACACUCUCUCUGGCCAAUGGCCCUUCGCCAACGCAGAGCCCCAAAAACAGCCAGCCGCUGUCACAGAGAAAAAGAUUGCUCAAGGCACCGAGGCUGGAUGAACUGGACAGUUCGGAUUCUGAUGAGGAUCAGAAAUCAAGCAGUAGCUCAAGCAUGUCCACCUCAGUGGUGGACGACACGUCUCCCGAGUCUGUCAGGGGCAAAAAAUUUCCUCAGUUCCUGCCCACAUCUUCCUCCUCGCAGCCUGACAAACGCAUCGCUUCUCAGAACAGACACUCUAUAGAGAAAGAUGCUCUCACCAGCCUUCAGUCUUUCCUGCCUCCAUCUCGACCGAACUCUAAAUCUCAGGCUCAGGCGAUAGGCAGAGGUCGUCUGGAGGAGUUCUGCUAUCCUGUGGAAUGCCUCACUUUGACUGUGGAGGAAGUGAUGCAUAUCAGACAGGUCCUUGUUAAAGCUGAGCUGGAGAAGUUCCAGCCGUACAAAGACGUCUAUAACGCCUUGAAGAAAGGAAAGCUGUGCUUCUCAUGUCGGACGAAGAAAUUCUCCUUUUUCACAUGGUCCUACACAUGCCAGUUUUGUAAAAGGCCUGUUUGUUCGCAGUGUUGUAAAAAGAUGAAGUUGCCUUCCAAGCCCCACGCCAGGCUACCCAUCUCUUCUUUUGCCCCCAGCAUUCUGCCCAAGAGCGAGCCUGGUGCAUCAUCUCAGACAGAGAAGACCUCCACCACAUCUGGACAAAAGCACCACAGUCUUCAGCGAUCCAUGUCCAGAUCAUCAAAGCACGGAGAGCGCUCGUCCUUCAAAGACGAACUGGAGCUCCCUGAGCAGUUAACAGAAGACUGGAGCACCAUGGACGUCUGUGGGGACUGCAGGAAGUUCAUCCAUGACAUCAUCACCAACAGCAGGCGCAGCCAGUCCACCAAACGUGCCCGUCUGCAUCGCAGAACCCACUCCGUCUACAUGUCCUCCAGCAGCUCUUCAAAAUACAGGCCGUCUGAACGGACGAUCAAAGAGAUUUAGGACGAUAGCAGACUUCGUAUCGGAAGUACUCUGAACUCUCACUGCGUGAUUGUCCUAUUAAAAUAGUUUGUAUCGUUCUCAUCUCGAAUGCUUCAGUCCUGGUGGCCGGAAUCUCAACGUUUAAAGUGCCAGACAGAAAUAAACUCUUUGUUUAUGUGAGAGGUGGUUUAUAAGCUCUGUUAGCUGUAUUAUGUACCUUUAAUACCUCUCCCUUGUCUCUUCCAUUUAAAAAGUGCCAGAGGUGAAGGAAUAAAGCCGUCCCUCGUCCAGCGUGAGUCCUUAAGCACCAGACGUCUCAGGAAAUGUCGGGUUCGUCUGUCAUUAAAGAUGCUGAAUGUAGUGUAAUACACUUAUAAGCUUGUGUUGACCACACGAAAGAAUAAUAUGAGAGAUGUUAGGAAUUCAGUGGUGAGAAAAGAAAACUGUUUUGUGCACUAAAGGCACAUGGCUUGAAUGUACAUUUUUCAGGAACUCCGCAAUUGUAUGUAAAUAUAUAGCUGUAUUAUCAGUCUAAAUGUUAAAGAUGUAAAUAGGCAACCCCUUCUGGUUUAAUGUACCCCAAUGGACCUCUGAAAAGACCAAGAGACACUGUAGAAUAACUCCACAACAAUUCAACAUUACUGUAAGUCUUACCAAAUGUUUUUGUUUUGUUAUUGUUUGUUAAAGUUGCUGCUGUCAUAUUGACAUGGUUCAAAGUAAUGAAGCUUUAGAUAACGACAAAGAGUACUUAUAUUUUUCCUCUGUCCAAUGUUUUUGAGAUUUUAGACGAGGAUCGAAAUGUGUUUUUUAGAGCGAAUGCUGAUAGCUGAAGUGUUUCUUAAAGAAUUGAUUACAUAUGCCAAAACAAAACUCCUCUGAGCAAUACGAGUCCUGGACCUGAUGUAUAUAGUGACCCCAGAGGUGGGUGACGGCCCCAAAGCGGAUCUCACAUCUCCAGACAGGAGCUAAAUUUUGUAUGAUAUAUUUAUGUACAUUGCUGUAUAUCCAAAUUUCAUCUGAUCUACUUAAAUAUUAUUAAAAUUGGUUUAUUAUAAUAUUGAUUUAUAUUAUUAAUAAUAGUUAUUUUAUUUUUCUGUUGUUUAUUUUGCCUAACCUCAAAAAAUGUUUUUUCUUCGACGUAUCAUUUACUUUGAUGUCUUAAAAGGUUGCAAGUUAUGUUAUACUGUAAUAUCUUAGUUGCCUGGCCAUAGACAGAACCAAGAAUUCUUCAAACAGAGUUUAACAACUAUAUGAAGCUACCAAUGUCAUGUUACAGCUUCAAUUAUUUAUAUAUUAUUUCAUAUCUAAAAACAUG